UUUCUUUAUGUUUCUUCACUCUUUUCUAUCUGCUAAAAUCAUUCAUUAUUUUAACUAACAGUUUGCUUAACCUUCUGAUCCACACUUGAACUGUGCAAACAUCGAUUCUGUAGUUGUAGGUUUGAAUUUAUUCCCGAAUUUGUUGUUCUAGUUCUUGGUUAGUAGCGGGUUUUAAAUUUUCUCUCGUUUACGCAAUUUCACGGAUGGAUUAUAAGAAUUUGAGUUUCAUCUUCUUUUAUCGAUUUUCAAUCAAUGCGAUGAAGUUGCUUCUUAAAAUCAUGACUUCUGAUAGUUAAUCUGGUGUUUCCUUACCCAUUACGCCUUAUUAGGAGGUUACUUUGUGCGGAUUUGGUGUAUAGGCUUUCAUCGAUCUUCGUUGGCUAUACGAUAAGUUAGGGUUUUUUCUCCGGAACCAAUUUAGGGUUUUUGCAGUAGUUGUUGCUCCGAGGUAAACAGAUGCUCUUAUUUUGUCUUAUAUUCUCGACUUGGUUACUAUAUAUCUGUUGAUAAGGGUUCUUGAUUCUAAAUUUAGUAGUGACAGCUGUUGGUCUUUUUGUUGCACAUUCUUCUGGCUCACAGUUAACUUUAUCAUAAUGGUUGGAAUUUUAAUUCAGAUUAUCAGUGAAGUUGGUGAUUUUAAAAUGGGUCUCGGUAUCUUUUGUCAGAGGUGGAAGAAUAACAAUUAUUGUGUGGUAUUAUGAGGUCCAUCUUCUAGUUUCUGUACAUAUCUGAAAGCAGCGGCACUGGAUAACUGUUUGGAUCAAAUCCAGCAAGCGGCCCCAUCGCACAUAGGGUCGUCUAGGUUGGGGGGAAGGAUGGUGCAUUCUUCAUCGAGUUCUGGUAUCUUUUUUCAAGGAGAUGAGCAGUCUCAAGCUCUAAGAAAUUCUCAUUUGAGCUCCUAUGGGAACUCAAAUUUACGUUCUCGAAAUAUGUAUUCAAACAUGGUACCAGUUUCUGGGGAGGUGAGCAAUGCUGUUAUGGAUAGCGCGGCUAGCUCAGGGCCUAGCAUCGGGGCAAGUUCAUUGGUUACUGAUGCUAACUCGGUACUUUCAGGAGGUACGCCUUGUCUCCAGAGAAGUGCAAGCAUCAGCACAGAAUCUUAUGUGCGGUUACCUGCAUCGCCGUUGUCUUUCUCUUCCAACAAUAUUAGCAUCUCAGGCUCUUCUGUUAUAGAUGCACCAUCCCCUGUGCAGCAAAGCUCCAUUCAGGACCCAAAUUUUCAUUAUGGGCAUCAGCAGGGUCCUCGUCAAGGAGCUUCUACUGCCACGUCCUUGCCCAAUCCAAGGCUUGGACGGGUUCAAUUCCCUGAAGGUUCAAUGUUUCCGGGGUCAUUCGUUUCGGAUCAUGAUAAUUUAUCCCACCUGCAAAAGAAACCUCGACUUGAUAUCAAGCAGGAUGAUAUAUUGCAAGAGCAAGUUUUACGACAGAUAUUGCAAAGACAAGACUCAAUGCAGUUACAAAGCCCUAACCUUCAGUUACAAGCUUUAUAUCAGCAACAGCAGUUGCUGCAGUCUCUGUCACCAGCGCAACGUGCACACUUGCUUCAGCAGCAGCAACAGCAGCUGCACUCUAGACAAAAUUUUCAACAGCAGGGCUUGCAACCUGCAUCUGCAGUAAACCGACCCUAUGAUGGUGGUGUAUGUUCACGAAGACUGAUGCAAUAUCUGUAUCAUCAGCGGCAAAGGCCAGCUGAUAUUUCCUACUGGAGGAAGUUUGUGGCGGAAUAUUACUCUCCACGUGCGAAGAAAAGGUGGUGUCUAUCCUUACAUAAUAAUGUUGGGCAUCACCCAUUAGGUGUAUUCCCCCCUGCAGCUAUGGAUGUAUGGCAGUGUAGCAUUUGUGGGUCAAAAUCUGGAAGAGGAUUCGAGGCAACCUUCGAAGUUCUGCCUAGGCUUAAUGAAAUUAAAUUCGGAAGUGGUGUUAUUGACGAGCUUUGGUUUCUGGACUUGCCUCGCGAAUGUAGAUCUCCUUCUGGAGUCAUGAUGUUGGAGUAUGGAAAAGCAGUUCAAGAGAGUGUUUAUGCGCAAAUGCGCGUGGUUCAUGAGGGCCGACUUAAAGUUAUCUUUACCCCUGAUUUAAAGAUACUAACUUGGGAAUUCUGCUCACGGCGUCAUGAGGAGCUUCUUCCACGCAGGCUGGUUGCUCCUCAGGUUAAUCAGUUGUUAGAAGUUGCACAGAAAUGGCAAUCUACAAUUGCUGAAAGUGGAUCUGGUGGCGUUUCCCAGCAAGAUUUGCAGACAAACAGCAAUAUGGUUGUAACAGCUGGGCGGCAGCUUGCAAGGAGCUUAGAGUUACAAUCAUUAAAUGACUUGGGAUUUACUAAAAGAUAUGUAAGAUGCUUACAGAUAUCUGAAGUUGUCAAUAGCAUGAAAGACUUGAUGGAUUUCUCCCAAGAAACUAAAGCUGGCCCCAUCGAGGCGUUGAAAAACUUCCCACGACAGACUAGUGUAGCCAAAUUGCAAAUGCAAAAGAUGCAGGGAAUGGAACAAAUGGGGAGUAUUCAGGGCCUGCCAGCAGACCGGAAUGCCAUAAGUAAUCUGGUCGCUCUACAUCCAGGCUCGAUGAACAAUAAUUUUCACAUGGGAAGCCGAGGAGGUCCGCUUGGCUCGGUGCAAGCUGCUUUGGCAUUGUCCGAAUACCAGAAUAAGAUGAUGAGACAAAGCUCAAUGAAUUCAAACUCGCAACAGGAUGCAUCAUCUUCUUUCCAGAACAGAUCGCCACUUGAAGGUCGGGCCUUGCAGAAUAACAAUGGUAAUAUCCUGGUUGGUGGCAGGUUUUCAAGCUUGCAGCUGCCCUAUCAGCAGUUUCCUAGUGGUGUAUUCCAAGUUCAACAGGAGCAGUCAUCCUCGCAACACCAGAUGAUUCAGCAAGCACUCAAGGAUAUGAACAACAAUGACGGUGGAGGAGUAAGGUCGAGCAUAUCCGGGCAGAGUGCUGGUGGGCCGACCAGAAGCAACAGUUUUAAAGCUGGUUCGCAUAGCGAUUCUUGUGCAGGUGGGGAGAAAGCGGGUGAUUUGCCUCACGUGUCGGAUGUCUUUCAAGACAUAGCUAGUGAGUUGACGGAGAAUGGGUUUUUUAACAACGACGAGCGUGAGGACGGUAUGGGUUAUGGGUGGAAGGCAUGAGAUCGGCGAAAGGGAAGUUGGCCGUGAGGACAUAAGGUUGUAUAGUCGGAUUAAUUUUCAUUCCGUUGCUUGUUUUUUUCAUUAUGUUCUGGUAUGGAGUCAACAGGUGUGCGUUUGACAUACAUUUUUCUUUUCUUUUUUUGUGGCGAAUGCAAAUGCAAAUGCAGUCUGUGCGUAUAAAUAUUUAAGAAUGGACUUAUUAUCAACUUAUCCUCAUCAUUUCUGUCUAA